CCGCUUCCUCCUCUCCCUUUCCCUCUCGCUGAAGAGGAAUUUUCAUUUUCCCUCUUUCGAUUCCUUCUUUCGACCGCCCUUUUAUUCCUCUCCCUUCCCUCUUUCGACCACCCUUUUCUUCCUCUCCCUUCCCUCUUUCGAGCGCCAUCUUCAUCGCCCUUGAUCGCCCUUUUUGAAGCUCGUAUACAGAUCGUUCAUUCAGAAGCUCAUAUGCAGAUUUCAUGCUAAGGCAUAUGGAUCUAGAGGCAUCGUCAUUCGGCACAGAGCCGCUAGGGGAUGCAGCCCGUGAAGAAGCCAUAGACGGGUUGUCAUCUUCAUCGUCUAGGAAGAGAGGUCCUACGCGAGGUCGAGAAUUAAAUGAGAAGACUUCAUUGAAGAGGGUCAUUACGACUAAUGAAUUUGGGCAACCGAAUGCGGGGGAUAUAAAUCAAGUUACAUUCAAUUCAUGCAUUGGUGUUCUCACCCACACCCACAUCCCGAUCACCUACACAGACUUUCGCCAGGUGCCUCCGGAGCACCUUCAGAGAGUCAUUGAAAGCUUGGAGUGUAGUUAUGAUUUUCAGAAUAACCAACAUGCGAUGACAACUUACGUUCGUGAACGUGUGAAUACCUCUUGGAGAAAUUACAAGAACCAGUUGCAUUUAAAGUAUGUUAAGGACAAGGAUCUUGCAGCUGUGAAGUCAUCUCCAGCCCCCGUUGGUGUGCCUAUAGAGGAUUGGAUACUCUUUGUGGAUCAACGUAAUACAAAUGAAUUUAAGGAAUUAAGUGCAAGAAAUGCAUCCAAUCGGGCCAAACAAGUUGGCCCUUCUACACUUGGGCGGCGUAGCAUGGCUGUUAUACGCCAUCAGAUGGCAAUUGAGAGGAAUCUUACUAGUGAUGCCGACGUUGGUAGGGCUGAUGUGUACAUCAGAGCCCAUACAACAAAGGAUGACAAAUUACAGUUUCCCGAAGCCUUUGAAAAAAUAAAGUCGAUUCAGAGUAGUAAUCCAACAUCUCAGAUGACCAAUGUAGAUGAUGCCCUUACACAGUCAAUUGGGAGUGAUAGUAGAGGGCGCAUGCGGGGUAUAGGUGGAAAUGUAGGCAAGAUUGCAUUGAGGAAGACAAUCCCUAUUAUAGAUAAGCUCAAUAUGGUGAUGCGGGAUCCAGAUAAUUUGAAGGAGGAAGUAGGUGAAAUGAAGAAAAGCCUGGUAGACCUCCAUAUGAAGCUUAAUUGUAUUGUAGAAAAGCAAGGGGAACAGGGGGUUGUGGAUCCACCAACAAUACCUCCAUUUAAAUCUAGUCGUGCCUUGUCGCCUGAUUUAAUACAUAUUGGCAAGAGAUGCGAUCUUUGCGAUUGGAAGAAACGGGUAGUUGCUCGUGGUGAGGUGCAUGAAGUUGAUUCAACUGCCCAUGUCCAUGGAGCAGAUCUAGGCGAAGGAAAUUUUAGAGUUGUCUUGAUCGAGAUUAAAGCUUCGCACGUAGAGUUGUGGAAGGAAGAUGGUUAUCAUCAUACACUUGGAGAGGUCGGCGUAGGAGGAUUUGUUAUUUGGCCCAAGCUAUUUCUAACCAUCUAUCCAUGAUGUUUAUAAUUAGACAUUACAAAAACUGAGACAAUUUACUUUUAUUUUCAAACUAUACGGUAACAUAGACACUUAUCUGAAUAUUAUGGAAUGGAAUGUAUUCAACUCUCACAUCAGAUUACACACACAUAUAUGGAAUGGUAUGGAAUGCAUUUAUCACUCACAUUAGAUUACACCCACAUAUAUGGAAUGG